GACUGAAUAAUCAGAAUGAUGCAUUUUUUUCCUCCCCUGUGGUUCCUUAGUUCUGAUGAACCAAUGAGCUGCUUGCAGUUAAAAGUAUCAGCGUCCUUGAAACAGUCAUUAGAAAAGUUAAAGCUAUCAUCGGAAAAUGAAAUAAAAAAAGAUGAUGAUAGCGAUGAGAUAAAGAUUGGGACUCCGUGCAAAAAUGCAGGCUGUUCAAAGACAUUUGAAGGACCAGGCAGCACGGAAGACGUGUGUAUCUAUCAUGCUGGUGUGCCUAUAUUCCAUGAAGGGAUGAAGUACUGGAGUUGCUGUAAGAGGAAAACGUCAGACUUCAAUACUUUUUUGGCUCAAGAGGGCUGCACAACCGGAACACACCUAUGGAUUAAGAAGGAAGCCGGGAAGAAGGUGGUGCCAUGCAGACAUGACUGGCAUCAAACUGGGCGUGAAGUGACAAUCUCAAUCUAUGCGAAGAAUUCCAUUCCUGAACUUAGCCGGGUAGAGGCAAACAGUACAUUACUAAAUAUCCAUAUUGUGUUUGAAGGUGAUAAGGUGUUCAAUCAGAAUCUGAAUUUAUGGGGUGUGAUUGAUGUGAAAAGGAGCUACGUAAAUAUGACGGCUACGAAGAUCGAGCUCACCAUGAGGAAAGCGGAGCCCAUGUUAUGGGCAGGCUUGGAACUCCCGGCUUCCAAAUUGCAACACAAAGAGCCUCAAAACGUAGAGCAAGCUUGAAAUCUGAAAAGUUUUCUGGUUCCUUGUGCCUGGCAAAAUGGUGACUUGGCAUUUUAACACAAAUUUGAUUUUAUAGGCAAGCCCACUUUUUUAAACAUUUUUCAUUCCAGCUCGAGUGUAGUGCAUGGCUUGUAAGCGAUAGGGCAGACCACUGUUUUUGUUGUACCGACUCCUCAAUUUGCCCAAUUUCGGGUGAUGCGCGUGGAAACUCUUGCAAACCUCAGAAUUUUCUCUGCCAUCGUAUUAUAAAAGGAUCACAAUAUUCUCAUUGUCCCAAAUUAAAUAACAUCUAGAAGCUAGUCAUCUCUAGCAUCUUCUAGGAAGCAGUCUCCUAUAUAUUGAAAAUCCAAGUGAAAUUCUCAUUAGGUCGUUAGAUACUUGCAAGAUCGUUUCUCAGUCUAUAGCAAGGAGAGCACAAAAGGGUUAUUGCUGCAUUUCUGAUUCAUAUUUUUUUAACGUUGUUAAAUGCAGAAAAGAACAGUAGAGAAUAACCUGGUGGUUUUAGACUUGCCUGUGCAGAGAAGCUGGUAAUUCUUCUCUUUUUUUAAUUCCUUGGAAUUCAGGAAAUAUAUUGUCUGUGAGCUGCUAAGCUACCUCUGUGCACUUAUUCAGAAAGCCAAGACUUUCCAAAAACCAGGCACUGGGAAUUUUGGGUCCGUUUCGUUUGCUUCUCUUAAGCCUUGCCCUCAUCCAAAGAGGAAAUAGCAUUGACAAAAUGUGCAUAUUUGCACAUCUGACUUUGGUGGCUCUGCUUUUCUGAUCAAUUUUUACAUCUCCUUUGUGGUCAAUCAAGUAAGGCACCUCGGUUUGUACCAAGACGUUCAGUUUGCUACCCUUUUGCCCGAAGUUGUGACUUUUAAUGGGAGUAGGGGAAGCUGGGAGGGCUGAAAUACACACAAGUACAAAAUGGCCAGUUUUAUGCAAAACUAGGAGCUUUGCGCAAAUGUCAAAUUGUGUUUGCAGAAUAAGUUACAGAACUUUUUACAUACUUGAAGAUGGCAAAACUACUUUAGAUGCAGAACGACUCGUUGGCGUCACUCAAUUCAUAAGGGAUUGCAUGAAGAAAGAGGGGCCUUUUUUAAAAGCAUGUGUUACUUGUAUUUAUAAUAAUUCUAUUUUUUUAAAGGUUUCGUCAGUUAUAGGAGGAAAAUAAAGCAGCCUUUUGCGGUUGUAAUUCUUAAUAAGCAUUUGAGACAGUUUAAACUGAAUUUUCUAAGAAAAGAUAACUCUCGAACAGGGCCCCCUCAACCCCCAGUCUGCAGCCCAGUGCCAGGCCAUGGCCUCUUUGAAACUGGGCCUGCAAGUGGCAGGCGAGUGUGCCCGCACGAAGCUGCAUUGGUGCAAAUGGUGUGGCGCACACACAAUACUGUCCCCUCUCCUCACCUUGCCACCGCCAGUCCGCAGAGCAGGAAAUGUUGGGGACGCUAAUAAACGGUGCAACUUCAGAAUCUGCUUCUUCUGUCCCUUGUGCUCCAAUUAGCUCUGGAGCAUCUGCUUUUCUGAUCUGGAUGGUCAGUUUCUUUGAAUUUCUGCCUAAAAGCCACCACACUAUACCCCAACCAUCAUUGAAUGCAAGUAUCCUGCCUUCAGGGGUUUGGAGAAGCCAUUCAGUGAAUGACAGACCCUCCCAGCAACUUCUGUUGUUAUACCCAGGAGAUUCUUUUGGUGAUUAUAGAUAUUUCCUGUGGCUUGACCUCUGAGCAAGACGGCAAAUUGCAUGAAGACAAAUCAAGCAGAAUUUUAAUUGCAGGCAAAGUAGAGCAGAGUGAAUACAAACACUUCUUCUGAUAUUUGAAAGCAAAAAAGAAAAUGGUUCUUCCAAGAACAAAGCCAUGGUUUAAAAUAAGUAAAAAUUGGAGAACGUGCAACAAAUCCAAGUAGAUCUUAAUUGUCUACUUAAAGGUUCCUAGAGAGUAAUUUUCCAACGAGAGGUCAAUUUGGUCUCAGGGUAUCAAAUGAUUGUUCUUUGUUAACAAUUGUAAUUUUACUUCCCAGCAUUGUCAUGUUUCAUUAGCAUGACACUUGGAUCCAGUUCAUAUUGCAUACCAGUUUGCUCAAAGGCAAUGGCGCUAGCAAGACUUGAAACCAAUAGCUGCAGGCACCUUUGGGAGUACAGUUCUCCACUCCCCAGAUUGUCAGUUGCGUGUUCAUUUACUUGCCUUGAUAAAGUCUGAUUUUUAACCACAGAAGUUACCGUACUGUAACUUCCCUGUUUUGUUUUUUUCCCUGCCUUGAAAUAAGCUGUUGGCACUUGAGAUACAGUGAACAAUUUCCCCAGGCUUCUGUGGUUCAGGCCUAUUUUGGAAUUGAUUCAUUGUACGGAAUCCUUCCCAGCACUGUGUAUUCCUGAUGGGACUUGACAGCAUUCUUUGCCAUUUUUGUAGUCUCCUAUUGCAGGGAUCCUCAAUUUUAGCAAUUUUUAAAGGCUUGUGGACUUCAACUCCCAGAAUUCCUGGAACUUGAAAGUCUACAAGUCCCUCCGAUUGGGGAUCCCGUUAUUGGGCAAGAAAAAAAACCUGGUCAAUCAUUUAGCUUGGAGUGUUACAAUUGCAAGGCCUCCUGUAGGUCUUAAUUUUGGGCAGUUGCUUAAUGUGCCAUUUCAAGCACAAUUUUCAUGUUUAUAGUUGAAUCACUUCUUUUCCAAUGAAACGCAUGGGCAUUCUUAAAUGCAAAGCACGUUUAAAUUGGGACCCAAGUUUUAUUAAGAUAUUAGUGCUAUACAGCCAAGUCACCAUUUCCACAGUCAGUACUGUUGGUUUUUUGUCUCGAAAAAAAUAUAUAUGAUCUAUUCUGUAUAGUAAUAAAGAUAUUUGCUUUAAAUUA